CGACUUACUGUCUUGAAUGACCCUGGUAGCCCCCUGGUGUAUGCUCAGAUUGCAAUGGAAACAAUAAACUGUCUGAUAGGCGAUUGCAUUGUAGCCUGGCGUGCAUGGAUUUUAGCAGGUCGCGGGUGCAAAGUACUCAUAAUUCCUGUUCUUUUUAUCCUAGGUGGGACUGCCUCAUCCAUUGGACUAACAAUCGCCUUCUCAAACGAACCAAGCGGGCACGAAAUCUUCAGCCAGAACAUAUUUGACUGGCUCGUUCCCUUCUUUGCCUUCACUAUUGCGACAAACCUGUACGCGGUUGCAGUUAUCUCGUAUAAAACGUGGCGGCAUCGCCAAAGUAUGAAAGCCUUGGAGAAAAACGGGUCGCGCAUUUUUGAAAGCGGUAGAUUCAGAAUCGCAAUGUUGCUGCUUAUCGAGUCUGGGUUUCUCUAUAUCCUCGUCCUUGCCGUUAUCCUGGUGCUAUUUCUGCUAGAUAGUAACGGCGUCUAUGUCGUUGCGGAUAUGCUAGCGCAUCUAACGGGCAUCUAUCCUGUUGUCAUCAUCGUUCUGGUUGUAUUACAGCUGACGCAGCACGAUAUCGCGAGCCGGGAAGCCACUUUGUCAACUAUGCACUUCAACGUUGUGUCGCGGAUACCGGCCAGGAAUAUGACUCACGAACUAUCGACGCUCAGAAUCCAGGUCAACUCAACAAACUCGUUUGAUUCGUCUCGGAGCCCGAUGGAGAAGGGUGGGGAGCCAAAGAAGUGUGUCCGUUUAGAAGACUUCCAUUAUGCGAGUGCUUGAUCUACUUGCCGAUAACCCAAACAACUAUAUUUUAUGGUACUGAUACCGCC